AUGGCGCCUAAAAAACUCCCCGAGCUCGCCGGCUUCAAGGCUCUCAGCAGCCAGGUCCUAGUCAGCGAGGAUGCAGUUGAACAAACGCCUGAGGGACACCCAGCGGCUGUAGUCAUUUACGGCUGGGGCGAUGGUCUUGCUCGACACGUGGGCAAGUACGCAGAUGGCUAUCGCGCUCUAUUCCCACACUCAAAGCAGAUCAUGAUACUGAGCCCCAUCUCCGACGCCAUGUUCACCAGUCUCGAGACAAGAACACGCGCCAUGGAAACUGUCAUCACCAACCUCGACGGACUUCUCGACGACAAGGCUGCCCCUAUUCUUAUCCACAUCAUGUCCAACACAGGCGCCAUUAGCUACGCCACCACCCUCAAAGCCUUUUUGGAGAAGAACUCAAGACAACUGCCCCACCAGCUUCUAGUCCUCGACUCAACGCCCGGAAACCCCUUUUGGUCGUGGGAGAGACUGGGCAAAUGGUCACACGCAAUGGCUCUCGGCACCGCCAAAUUCUUCCCUUGGCCCUCUUUCAUCACACAGGGCAUCUGGGGUGUCUUUCUCACGCUGGACGUCAUCUUCAAGAAGUUGACAGGCGGCGAACCCUCUGGAGCGUUCGCCCUGCGCGUGGUUGACGACGCAAACUACGAGACCCUGGACGCCAAGCGACUGUAUCUCUACAGCAAGGAGGAUGAGAUUAUUUCCCACAUGGAUAUCGAAGGCUAUAUCGCCGAGUCACAACAGAGAGGUUACGAGAUUCGGGCAGAGCUUUUCCAGGACACGAACCAUGUUGGGCACAUGCGUGAGCACCCGGAGCAGUACUGGAAGGCGAUCCAGGAUGCUUGGACAUGGAGCAACGACGAGUAG